AUGCCGAAAUCACACGUAUCCCAAGCCAAAGAUGUAUCCUCGUCUCGGGAAUCGGAGCCGCCAAAUCGUCCUCAUAAGCUCUUUCCUCUGAUUGGGCUACGCAAUUUACCUCUAUACAGCUACUUCUUAGACAUAGAGGGCAAAGAGAAAGACCUCUACGAAGAAGUGCCAAAGGCACUCCGAAAGGGACGCGAUUAUGAAGAAUGGGCAUGGUGGCCAUACCUAAUAUUUCCGAUUCCCGAGGAGUCGUACCCGCCCGACGAAUCAGAUCCGUUUGAGAAGGGUGAAUUUAUCAGUCGCAAAUAUUCUCUUCACAUCAUAACGAUUCUACAAAAUAAAAUGUGGGGGACAAGGUUGGGAUACGCUGUGAAGCUGCUCGACAAGUUAGACGGUGGCGACAUUAGGAAGAUCAUCGAGGGAACUCCUGGGAAUGGGAGGGAGUUUCAAAAGAGAAGAAUGGUUCACUUUUGCAGGUUUUUGCUCUCUUACAACUACGUCUUGGCGAUACCCGAUUAUGAGGACAACCGUGAGGCGAGAGAGAUUUGUCUUCGGCUGUUGACCAGAUUAUGGUUGGAUGACCGUGCAUUGGUUGAAAGGCUCAAGAGCGAAGAAUGGGGCGACGAGAAGCCAGUCGAUUUCGAGGAAAAGCAAGUAUGGCUGUCGAAGGGUACACAGGGGGGCCCAAGUUUUUUCAGCCAAGGCAUGAAACUUGCAGCCGACGGAAAACCCCUAGAUUCCCCAACGGGGACAUGGAGGCGAGGGGUCACGACAACGCUGCGGGAACAUCCUAUCAGCCCCCCAGACUUAAGAUCCGUCGAGGACACUAAAAUCCGCCAGAGACGUGUCGAGUUCCUCCGCGUCGACAAGAAGGGAGUCUGCCCAAGCUUCUGA